AUGCCAAACCUCUCUGUUUAAAUAAAUUGGACAUCUGUCGUUUUGAAUCAUAAAGAUAAUUCUUGAUUGAUCCUCCAGAAGGGAAAUUUGGGUAUGGCGGAAAACACUCGGGUGGUUUGAAGUUCUGCUCUUCCGACCCUAAAUUGGCUAGAUUGACCAUAUUUUGAUUUCCAAAAAGAGGACACUCGGCCCAGCCUCGAGAUUUUGAUUAAAGCUGUAGUUGGAACUAAUUUCUUCACAUGCCAAAUAGGGUCACAAGUAAAGUAAUUAAACAUUGUCCAACAAAUAAAGCAUGAAAAAAUAAUUUAUAUGUUGUAUAUUUGACAAAAUAGUCGCGUUUCCGAAGUUCGAGCCUGAAAGGGGACGAACCCGGAAGUAAUACGUCACACCGGGAACGCGAUGGCACCUCCAUACAUACGGCCGCCAUACAAAGCCCUUCAAACAAUGAUCCAAACAGCUAUAUAAGCGAUAGAUCAAGCGCAAGGGAGGAGAUCCAAGUUUUUGAAGAGUUGGAGGAAGAAGAGGAGAUUGGAAUUUUAUGUUAUUAGCCAGACGCCAGUCAGGAUGCCAACAAUGUGCCUAGACUUCCUGACAUGGAAUGGAUACAAGACCCAUCGAGAUUACAUUGGUUUCAGUAAAUAUCUUGGUCCUGCCGCUCAACAGCUAAAGAGAGAAGUACAACUUCCAAUCAAAAAGGAAGAGGUAGAGCUGCCAUACGUCAAAGACGAGGACGAUAUCACUAUGUCAACUGGUGAGCCCUUGAAUAGCGAGGAUGGUUCGAGUGAGGCCAGCAGAGGGACGGAGCCUACAAGCAGCAGCUCAACAGAAGGAUCGCAAGCAAACAUUUUCAUCGCACCAUCAGAUGGAAAUGGCCCCACGUCACACUCACCUUACAAAGAUGAUGGUUAUAAGAAACCUCCCCAUGGGAAAACCUUUGCUAAUAACUAUACUUGUUGUAUGCAUAUGAGGAGCCACACUGGUGAAAAUCCUCUUGUCUGCUCAGUUUGUGUUCCAAAAUUCACUCAGAAGAGCAGCUUGGACAGACACACAAGAACCCACACUGGCGAAAAACCUUUUUCCUGCUCAAUUUGUGGUCGAGGUUUCGCUAAAAAGCAUAACUUACAAAUACACAUCAGAACGCACAUGGGUGAAAAACAUUUUUCCUGCUCAGUUUGUUGCCAGAAAUUCAGCCACAAGAACACCUUAAAAACACACUCAAGAACCCAUACCGGAGAAAAACCUUUUUCCUGCUCAGUUUGUGGUCAAAGAUUCGCUCAUAAGCGCCACAUAGAAGUACACACAAGAACCCACGCUGGUAAAAAACCUUUAUCCUGCUCAGAUUGUGGUCAAGAAUUCAGUUAUAAGAGUGCCUUAAACAGACACAUAAGAAUCCACACUGGUGAAAAACCUUUUUCCUGCUCAGCUUGUGGUCAACGAUUCACUCGAAUUUACCACCUAAAAGUACACACAAGAACCCACACUGGUGAAAAGCCUUUUUCCUGCUCCGUUUGUGGUCAACGAUUCACUCGAAUUUGCUACCUAAAAGUACACACAAGAAUCCACACUGGUGAAAAACCGUUUUCCUGCUCCGUUUGUGGUCAACGAUUCACUCGAAUUUGCCACCUAAAAGUACACACAAGAAUCCACACUGGUGAAAAACCCUUUUUCUGCUCCGUUUGUGGUCAAAGAUUCAGUCACAAGAGCAACUUAAAAAUACACGCAAGAACCCACACUGGUGAAAAAUCUUUUUCUUGCUCAGUUUGUGGUCGAGGAUUCACUCAAAUUUACGACUUAAAAGUACACACAAGAACCCACACUGGUGAAAAACCUUUUUCCUGCUCAGUUUGUGGUCAACGUUUCACUCGCAUUUACCACCUAAAAGUGCACACAAGAACCCACACUGGUGAAAAACCUUUUUCCUGCUCAGUUUGUGGUCAAAGAUUCAGUCACAAGAGCGCCUUAAACACACACACAAGAACCCACGCUGGUGAAAAACCUUUUUCCUGCUCAGAUUGUGGUCAAGAAUUCAGUUAUAAGAGUGCCUUAAAAAGACACACAACAAUCCACCCUGGUGAAAAACCGUUUUCCUGCUCAGUUUGUGGAAAAAGAUUCACUCAGAAGAGUUCCUUAAAAGUACAUGUAAGAAACCACACUGGCGAAAACCCCUUUUCCUGCUUAGUUUGUGGUCAAGGAUUCACUAAAAUUCAAUACUUAAAAGUACACUCAAGAACCCACACUGGUGAAAAACCUUUCUCCUGCUCAGUUUGCGGUCAAAAAUUCACUCAGAAGAGCAACUUAAAUCGACACACGAGAACCCACACUGGCGAAAAACCUUUUUCCUGUUCAGUUUGUGGUAAAAAAUUCGCUCACAAGUAUCGGAUUAAGAGACACGUGUGUAUUGGUGUGAGAAGCAGUGGCCAAUGACUGUUUUGCCUGUAAUCCAUGCUGCUUUCAUCAGAUUGUGCACAUAGGUUAAUUGUAGUCUGUAGUUUCCUCAAAUCCUGUUGAGGCGGUAUUGGUGCCUUACAUGUGCUUUGUCCAAUCCUUGUAUGAUGUGGAUCCACACUAUUGCCAAAAGUAUUGGCUCAUCUGAUUUAACUCUCAAGUUGAGUGGCAUUAUUCAUACAAUACUCUCACUCUUUCAAACUACAUUUUUUACAGGUAAUAUCUGAAAUGGUGGACCCCAAAUUACAAAAAUUCUAAAUCAUUCAUCAAUAAUAUCAUUACAUAAAUAUGGAAAAUUAUGAUUGGCUCACAAAUAUUAGUUUUUUGGGGGAGGGAUGAUUACAUAUAAUUUAAAAAGUUACUAUUACUACUCUUGAUUGGCAGUGACAUAUUAAGACAGAGUAUUGGGGCCAAAUAAAGGGAGGGGAAAAAAAUGACUACGAGAUUAAAGUUGUACUCUAACGACAAGAAAAAAUGUCGUAUUAUUAUGUAGGGGUAAUGUAGCUGAAUAAAGGGCUACGCACUUUAUGUACACGUAGCUUAGCUGGGAGCUCCGACAAAGCAUCAGUAAAAUCUUUCCAUUGAUUAUAAAUUUAUGCAGAUGAGCGAAAAGAUAACGGAUUUCCUUAUUUUGAAACUGAUUCUAAAACAGCCUCACGAGAUGAUUUAUCAUUGUUGACUUAAGUGGAGCGCUACAGAAAGUACGUGGCUGCUUAUUCAGCUACAUUACCCCUAUGUAACAGUACAACAUUUUUUCCUCGUAGUAACACUAUAAUCUCAUAGUCCUCAUGUCUUUAUUUUGCCCUUAUACUUUGUCAUACAAAUCGGACAUUGAUAAUUAAAAUUGUUUGAGCUUUUAAUCAUUCCGACCCCCGUCGAAAAUCUCUCGACUCUGCUUCGAAUUUUAAAGUGCUUGUACUCCAUUGUGCUUGUUAAUUAAGCAUGGCAGUGACAUGUGCAUUUAGGUUGUUUUUUUUUAAAAACCUUUAGCACCUAAGCCUAUUUUUUUCCAAAUCUGCAUACCAUUGAUGUUGCCUUUAUAUUUCAAAGAAAAAAAAAUCAAAAUUGCCAGAUUGGGCCCCUUUUUAGGACACCAUAACCUUCAUGUCCAAACUAUUGUUUUCAUCAACCAAUUAUAAUCAACAUUUUGGACCCAAAAAGACAAAUCAAAACAUUUUUGUCAAAAUUUGUAAUUUUGAUGUCCCAUUGACAGCCAAACAUGCUUGACGAAACGUUUUUAAGCGUGAUAUUUAUUCAACUUGUUAGGAUAAAACAUUCAACAGAAAAAAAUGAAGUUGAGUAGUUUUAUAUUUGAAAAUUCAACGAAAAAAGCAAGUAUGGUCAAAUGCAAGAGUGCAAAAU